AGAUUUUAUUUAUUGAAAUCAAUAAAAUUCACUUGACAACGAAUAGAUAGGGUAACGUCAAAGUUUUGUCAAUAUUUUUAUUUGAAUAUACAGCGUCAUCAGCAAUUCGACCAUUCCUUUCUGAAAUUCUGUGAAAAGAGUUCCGACAAUGUCAGUUGUCACUUUCGAGAAACCUAUACAACACAUCGGAUUGGCCGAUUGGCAAGCGAAGCAGUGGCAGAACCAGCAGACCAACGACACGCGUAGAGAUGAAGCCUUCAACUUGCGCCACGAAAGUCGACAACUGCGCAACGAAACGCGCAUUAGGACCGACUGGGAUACCUACCACAACAACGUCCGCCUAGCGGACAGAGUAACCGAGCUAGACAGAUGGAGGGACCUCCUGCAGGCCUGCCUGGACAGAGUCAAUUCCGAGAUCAACGCCCUGAAGGACGAGAAGUUUUCGACCGAGAGGGAAAUCGACGCCCUGGGAAUCCCCCUGAGCGUCGUGUCCGAGUGCAUCUCGAUGAGGGACAACAGGCUGGGGGCCGAACUGACCUACGACGACGCGGACACCGAGCUGAAGAAGGAGUUAUGCGUCGUGGAGGCUGUCAAGAAACACCUAAUGGAACGCUGUCUGGCCGCAUGGGAGAAAAUCAACAAAUUGCAAGAGGUCAAGUUCAAACUCGAGCUGGACUUGAACGAUAAGACGGAAGCGAGGGAGGUCGAUAAAGAUCAACUGACGUUGGACAAGAACUGCGCCAACAUCAGUCACAAGACGGAUCCGCUUAGGAUUGUCAAAAGUUCAAUCCCCUACGAGUCAUGGCUAGAACACUCACGCUACACCAAACUGCUGGCGGACAGCGAGCUCCAGGACACUUACAAACUGCGCGAAGCCCUCUUCGUGGUGAGAGAACGCUCUAGAAACGACAUGAGGGCGCAGAGGGACACCGUGGACUUCACCCUGCGAAAGAGGAUUUACGAGACGCAGAAGGCGAGAAACGAACUGGAAUGGCAGCAGAAGAAGAUGAGGGAGGAGAUGGAGAGGGUCCAAGCCGAGAUCAUCAACCUGGAGAACUCCAUCCAGGAUAAGGAGGACGCCAUGAAGCUGGCGGAGACUAGGCUGGAGAACAGGUCGUACAGGCCCGGCUUCGAGCUAGCGAGGGACGAAGCAGAGAACGGUCUGAAGGACGAGGUUAUGCAGCUGAAGCAGACCCUGGCGGACAUCUUCAACAAGCUGAAUUGCGCCAAGGCCACUUAUAACGCUUUGGAGGAUCAGCAGCUGAUCAUCGAUAAGGACCUGGCGAAUAAAAGUCAGUCGCUGAUGACGGACGUGAGGUGUUUGGACAUGAGGAUCAGGUUAAGAACUGGGGAGUUCGCUGGACCGGCGACCGAUACCGACAGGAACAUCGUCUUGACUAGGAUGGAGAACGAAAUCCCUCCAAAUUGAGGGAUUUGUAUUGGUUCGCUUUCGUGUGUUCGAUAGUAUCAAAUUUUUGACGUCUUUGUGUUGCUCUGUGUACUAGAAAGUGUUCGAUUAGAUAAAGAUGAAUGUGUUCAAAUGAAAUUCAAGUGUCAAAUAAACAUUUCUGAAUUU